CAGGCUCCGGCGGCGGCGGCGGCGGCGGCGGCGGCGGCGGCGGACGGGGAGGGCGUGCGCCGGCCGAGAGGUGUGGGUGACGAGGCUAGGGAAGUUUCAAGUGGAAGGUCGUCGGUCGGCCGGCGCGUCCCUUCACUCUCCUCCCGCAGCAUCAUGGCGGAGCCGAGCGGCUCGCCCGUGCACGUCCAGCUUCCCCAGCAGGCGGCCCCGGUGACAGCGGCAGCGGCGGCGGCGGCCCCGGCGGCCGCGACAUCAGCACCGGCCCCGGCUCCGGCGGCGUCCGCAACCCCGGCCCCGGCUCCCGCUGCGGCCCCAGCCUCGGCCCCGGCAGCUCAGGCGGUCGGCUGGCCCAUCUGCAGGGACGCCUACGAGCUUCAGGAGGUUAUCGGCAGUGGAGCGACGGCCGUGGUUCAGGCAGCCCUCUGCAAACCCAGGCAAGAACGUGUAGCCAUAAAGCGGAUCAACCUGGAAAAAUGCCAGACGAGUAUGGAUGAGCUAUUAAAAGAAAUUCAGGCCAUGAGUCAGUGCAGCCACCCCAACGUAGUGACUUAUUACACUUCCUUUGUGGUCAAAGAUGAACUUUGGCUGGUCAUGAAAUUACUAAGUGGAGGUUCCAUGUUGGAUAUCAUCAAAUACAUCGUCAAUCGAGGAGAGCACAAGAAUGGAGUUCUGGAAGAAGCAAUAAUCGCAACAAUUCUUAAGGAAGUUUUGGAAGGUUUAGAUUAUCUGCACAGAAACGGCCAGAUCCACAGGGAUUUGAAGGCUGGUAAUAUUCUUCUGGGUGAGGAUGGUUCGGUCCAGAUAGCAGAUUUUGGAGUAAGUGCAUUCUUAGCAACAGGGGGUGAUGUUACACGGAAUAAAGUCAGAAAAACUUUUGUUGGUACCCCAUGUUGGAUGGCUCCUGAAGUCAUGGAACAGGUGAGAGGCUAUGACUUCAAGGCUGACAUGUGGAGUUUCGGAAUAACUGCCAUUGAACUAGCGACUGGAGCCGCGCCCUAUCACAAAUACCCUCCAAUGAAAGUGCUGAUGUUGACUUUGCAAAAUGACCCGCCCACUUUAGAAACUGGAGUAGAGGAUAAAGAAAUGAUGAAGAAAUAUGGCAAGUCCUUCAGAAAGUUACUUUCACUGUGUCUUCAGAAAGAUCCUUCCAAAAGGCCCACAGCAGCAGAACUUUUAAAAUGCAAAUUCUUCCAGAAAGCCAAGAAUAGAGAGUACCUGAUUGAGAAGUUGCUGACGAGAACGCCAGACAUAGCCCAGAGAGCCAAGAAGGUACGGCGAGUUCCUGGGUCAAGUGGUCACCUCCAUAAAACUGAAGAUGGAGACUGGGAGUGGAGUGAUGACGAAAUGGAUGAGAAGAGUGAGGAAGGAAAGGCAGCUGCCUCCCAAGAGAAGUCUCGAAGAGUAAAAGAAGAAAAUCCAGAGAUCUCGGUAAACGCUGGUGGCAUCCCCGAGCAAAUACAGUCCCUCUCCGUGCACGACUCUCAGGGCCAGCCCAAUGCCAACGAAGACUACAGAGAAGGUCCUUGUGCAGUCAACCUUGUCUUAAGAUUAAGAAACUCCAGAAAGGAACUGAAUGACAUACGAUUUGAAUUUACUCCAGGAAGAGAUACAGCAGAUGGUGUGUCUCAGGAGCUCUUCUCUGCUGGCUUGGUUGACGGUCAUGAUGUAGUUAUAGUGGCUGCUAAUUUACAGAAGAUUGUAGAUGACCCCAAAGCUUUAAAAACAUUGACAUUUAAGUUGGCUUCCGGCUGCGAUGGGGCGGAGAUUCCCGAUGAAGUAAAGCUGAUCGGGUUUGCUCAACUGAGUGUGAGCUGAUCAAUCCACAGUCUGAGAACAGGCGAGUGCCGCUGCCCGACGGUUGCCGACUUCUUUCCAGAAAGCUGUUUAAUAUUCUUAGCAGUCUCAAUUUGGAUAGCCCGUAAGAGAGGAGUCUGAAACACACUCAGGUGGUCCUGUCUCUUGCUAACAAAAGGAAUCUUCUACCUGAAGCCUUUUCUCCUUCUAUUGUAUUUCUGUUUAAUACUUUAAUUGUACAUCUGACGAUACUGCCUCUCUUAUGUUGUACUUAGAAAUUAAUAUACUUAUAAAAUUCAGAUUUAUUAGCCAAACUUGAAUUCUAGUUUUAAAACUGACUGUGAAUUUUAUUUUUCAUAUAUUUAUGCUUUCCACACCUUAGCGAUGAGGGAACCAGUUUUCAUCCUAUGCUUCCUGCAGUUGAUCUCUGGUUAUUUAAACCAAAAUUUGAGGUCUAUCUUUGGAGUAUUUGUAACUUCUAAUUUUUGAAAUGACUGAAUUAAGAAUUUGGAUGUUUGCUCUUUUGGUUUGUUUGCCUAAAAUCCAGUCCACAAUCCAGUUGUCUCUUGGGAGAGGGAGGUGCCUUGCAAACUUUCAUAUUACGAAUGUGCCUGAGGCUGCUUUACUCUGGAAUAGUCUCAGAUCUAAAACCUGCACUCCAUAAGGCGGCAUACUUAAAUUUUGCUUCAUCAGAACAUUUAGAGUACUAUAAAAAUGUUGCCAUUCUGUUAGAUUGUUAACUACACCCCUGUCUCUGAUUUGGCUCUCCUGAGGUGACGGGAUUUGUUAUUUUUAAGGUGAUAACAUGACAGCACCAGAAUCUGAGUUUUACUUGAAACUCUGCAGAAUACACAGAUGGUGUGAAAAUAAUAGAAAGGGUUUUGUGCAAUGACAAAAGGUAAAAUUGCUGUAAACAUUCAAGAAUAAAUAUUUCCAACCCAAGAACCUUCUGCUUGACUAUGUAUUAUGAACCUAGUGAACGUUAGGAUUUUCAAAUUUCGAGUCUAAACCUUCGAGGAGGUGGGCUCCCAGGAUGGUACCAUUGCUCUUUCCUAGCUAACCCUAGAUAUGGCAGCUCUUUAAUGUACUUUAAAAGCAAAUAUAUAUUACUAAGGAAAGAAGUUAUUUAUAAUUGCCUUGUCAUAAUUGUUAAGGUGUUCUAGAACCAUUUGCAUACAAUUUAAUGUAAUUCCAUUCCAUUCUGUUGUUUACACAAUUACUCAAAGAUAACUGCAAAGGUAAAAGGAAAAUAAAAGUGUAUUGCACAGUG